CUCCUCACCCUCUGGUUUGAUUGAUAAUAAGUAACUUGACCUUCCUAUAUUCCAAGUUGGGUACUCGAAAUAUUCUAUCAUUCCAUUAUUUCACCACCAAGAGAUCCACAAGUCCUACCUAGGUAUUGUCGCAGGAGAGGUAGAAAAGUAGGUACGAGACAAGAAAGCUGCCAGGUAGCACUUCCCCUCCACUCGCAGCGCACCCUGAUUGGCUCACUACGAUCUUCCCCACCAAUCUACCCCUCCUCCAAGAGACUGGGCACCAAUCAGUGGACGUACUUCAACCACCAUAUCCUCCUCCACCUCCUGAUUUCUUCCCCAACAAUCUCAUUCUGCUUCUUCCAUCCAUCGUGUCUAACUACAACUGCUAUUCAGUAUUCAGAAUCAACCAAACCGGUACGAGUCCAUCCUCUCCUCUUGAUCCUCUCCUUUUCCCGCCACAGCUCAAUGCAGGGUAUCCUGAUGCUUGUGUUACAGAAGUUAAUCGCUCACCGAAACCACAAUCAUGGGAAUCAAAGCCGGUGAGCUGCAAUUCGACUAUAUGGAGCUAGAAAGAGCUCGGGUUGACCUUAAUAGUUGUCGCUGGUGCCUCUGGAGGUAUCGGGCAGGUGAGUUUCCUCAGUCUACGACGUUGCAUGUUGGGCAAAGCAGCUAACAAAUGAUCGCAGCCAUUGUCCCUCCUCCUCAAGACCUCCUCACUCAUCACCGAACUGGCCUUGUAUGAUGUGGUUAACACUCCAGGUGUCGCUGCCGAUCUCUCGCACAUCUCCUCCCAAGCAGUGUGUAUACAUGAAAAUGGGAAGGAAAUACGGGGCUGAUGUUGGUCAUAGAAAAUCACUGGCUACCUCCCCAAAGAUGACGGAGCCAAGCUUGCUUUCAAAGAUGCAGACAUUGUUGUUAUUCCUGCCGGCAUUCCUCGUAUGUAUAGUAUUUCUGGGAGGUCAUUAAAAUAAUCAGACUAAUUCUGUUUCACAGGCAAGCCAGGAAUGACAAGAGACGAUCUAUUCAACAUUAACGCCGGCAUUGUCAAAGGCCUCAUCGAGGUCAUUGCUGAAGUUGCACCAAAGGCCUACAUUCUGAUCAUCUCCAACCCCGUCAACUCGACCGUCCCAAUUGCCGCUGAAGUGCUCAAGGCAAAGGGAGUCUUCGAUGCUAAGCGUCUAUUCGGUGUCACCACUCUUGAUGUCGUUCGAGCUGAGACUUUCGUUGCUGAGAUUGUAGGCGAGAAGAACCCACAAAGUCUGACUAUCCCAGUUAUUGGAGGUCAUUCCGGAGAGACCAUUGUUCCUCUGUUCAGCCAAGCCAAGCCUUCCGUAACCAUUCCUGCAGAUAAACUCGAUGCUUUGGUUAACCGUGUUCAAUUUGGUGGUGACGAAGUUGUCAAGGCGAAGGAUGGAGCUGGAUCUGCCACCCUUUCCAUGGCAUAUGCUGGUUACCGGUAGGUUGAGGAACCCGUACCUGUGUACUCUACUGACGACGGAACAGAAUGGCCGAGGCUGUGCUAAAGGCUCUUUCCGGCGAGAAAGGCAUUGUUACUCCAACAUUCAUCCACCUUAAGGGUGUUCCAGGAGGUGAUGAAAUUGCAAAGGAGACUGGUCUCGAGUUCUUCUCCGUUCCUGUUGAGCUUGGUGUAAGUCCUGCGCCCUGUAGCUUAGAUUUGGUUCUAACAUCAUGUAGACAACCGGUGCUGAGAAAGCCCAAAACCCUCUCACCAACAUCAAUGAUGCUGAGAAGAAACUUCUCAAGGCUUGUGUUGACGGACUGAGCGGCAACAUCACCAAAGGUGUUAACUUCGCCCACAACCCACCCCAAAAGUAG